AUCACAAGCAAUCUUUGUUCCUCAUUACUCAUUUCCUUCAGCGGAUUGAAUAUCAAUUCAAGGAGAUGGCAUCUUCUACAACAAAUCAGGAAAAAACAGGGGUACUUGGUCGAGUAUGGGAACCACUAAAGGCCUUACCAAAAGUUCUUUGGGAGAAGGUGUUUGAUAUUUGUAAGGUGACAAAAGAAAUAGCCCAAGGUGACCCUAGAAGAGUGAUUCAUUCACUAAAAGUGGGACUUGCAAUCUCACUGGUGUCACUAUUCUACUAUUAUCAGCCACUAUAUGAGAAUUUUGGUCUCUCUGCAAUGUGGGCUGUGAUGACUGUAGUGGUAGUUUUUGAGUACACUGUUGGAGCCACUCUAGGAAAAGGUUUGAAUAGGACAAUGGCAACCCUGGUUGCUGGUGCUCUGGGUGUUGGGGCUCAUUACCUAGCUAGCUUAUCUGGAGAGACAGGAGAACCCAUAUUGAUUGGCUUCUUUGUCUUCCUGCAAGCUGCUAUAGCAUCAUUUAUAAGGUUUUUACCAAAAGUGAAGGCAAGAUAUGAUUACGGGAUGCUUAUAUUUAUCUUGACAUUCUCUUUGAUAUCUGUAUCUGGAUUUCGUGACGAUGAAGUAUUAGAAAUGGCACACAAGAGGUUAUCAACCAUUUUCAUAGGUGGUUCUGCUUGUGUGAUGAUUUCCAUUUUUGUUUGUCCUGUAUGGGCCGGUGAAGAGCUCCACUAUUUAAUUGCUGACAAGUUGGAAACACUUGGUGACUUCUUAGAAGCAUUUGUAUAUGAGUACUUCGAAACAUCAAAGGAAGGAGAUUCUAAAGAUAACAAGUCUUGUCUAGAAGGUUAUAAAAGCGUCCUCAAUUCUAAAAGUUCUGAAGAGUCUUUGGCCAAUUUUGCAAAAUGGGAACCACGUCAUGGCAAGUUCAAAUUUCGUCAUCCGUGGGAUCAAUACCUCAAAAUUGGUGCCCUUUCUCGCCAAUGUGCAUGUAGAAUGGAAGCUCUAAAUGGAAUCCUCAAUUCUGAAAACCAAGGAUCACAAGAAAUUCUUUGUACGAUCAAAGAGGUGUGCUCAGAAAUGAGUUUGGAAUCUGGUAAAGCGUUGAAGGAACUAGGAAGGUUAAUCAGAACAAUGACAAGGCCAUCUUCUGCAGAUACUCAUGUUGCAAACUCAAAAGCUGCAAUGAAGAGCCUUAAGUCACUGCUCCAAUCAAGCUUAUGGGAAGAAACAGAACUUCUAUCACUUAUACCAGCUGUGACAGUGGCUUCACUACUAAUUGAUAUUGUUGACUGCACAGAGAAAAUUGUAGAUUCUGUGAAUGAUCUUGCCUCACUCACAAAUUUUAAUAUUGUAGAUAUAGAUAAAACCACCAAAACAUCAUCAGAAUCUUCACUCUCUGAAUAUGCUGAACUGGGUCCCAAGACUGAUAACUCCCAUGUCGUUAUUCUAGUUGAGGAGUCAGCUCUAGCUUUGACACAUUGUGGGAAAUCAAUAUCUGAUCAACAUAACAUAGUUUGAUAGUUGAUAUAUAUAUAUGUAUAUGACUGUCAAAAUCAUGACUUCAACAUCAGAACAGAAUUAAUAACAAAACAAAAAAUUAAUGGU